AUGUAUUGGCAAAUUUCGAAAGAUUUUCUUUCUUUAUUUACUCGAUCGAAUUGUCAAGACAAUCAUUUCGAUCCUAUCGAUGGAUUUCGAUCAAUCGCAAGUCUUUUAAUAACAUCAUUACAUAUCGUUGGAAUCUUCAGUACGUUACUACUUCCAUAUCCGAACAUCGAAUGGCAAACAUUUUUACACAGUGCUGCAUUCGCUUUGAUAAAUUUAAUGAGUUUUUCCUUGGAAAUCUUCUUUAUGUUAUCAGGUUUCUUAUUAACCUAUAAAUUAAUUUCGAAAUGGAAUCGAAAACGGUUAAAUUACGAAGAUUUCCUUGUGAAAGAAUAUCCUUUGCUGGUGAUGAAACGAGUUUUUCGAUUUUGGCCUGGAUUUCUUCUAGUUACUUUGAUUUUAUUGAUCUUCGGCGAACCGCUUUAUCCCAAUGCGAAUUAUCUGAUUGAAUUCUUACGGAAUUGCAAUCUUUGGCUCUUUUUUCAAAAUUACAUCAACACUGAUUAUUGGUAUUUUACAUUUUCUCCUCUUUGGUCCAUCAGUUUGGAUAUGCAAAUCCAUGUUCUCUUACCGUUAUUUCUUUAUUUAUUUUAUUCAAAGCAAAAAUAUCUUUCAAUGAAUAAAUCUUUGCUCAUUUUAGUUCUUUUAUCGAUCGUUCAAGUAAUGAUCGUAUUUAAUCCACAGACAAUGUCAAUCGCUUCGAUCGGACAUCGUUAUUCAUCGUUUCGCGUGUUAUCUUCACCUUUUUUAAAUCAAUGGUUGGAAACGAAAUAUAAUUUAACAAAAUUCUCUCCAACAUCUGAACUAAUUCCAUUGAAAUUAUUUAUGGAAAAUGUUUAUUUACCAUUAGGAUGUCGAUUCGGAAGUUUCAUCAUUGGAUCGAUUUUAGCAAUAAAAAUUUUUCAAUGUCAAAGUAAAUCGUAUCCGAAUCAGAAAUCCAAAUGGCAAAUCAUGAAAAAAUAUUUAUUCUUUGGAAUGAUUUCUUUUCAUUUAUUAUCAUUAUUGCAAACAGCAGAUGUUCCUCCAAAUCCACCUGAUAUUUUCUUAAAAUUUCUCAUUGGAAUUUCAAGACAAUUGUUUACAAUUGGCCAAGCAUUCUUGUUAUUCGCUGCUUUAUGUCCUCAAACACAUCCAUAUCAUUCAUCAAGAUUAAAAACGUUUCUCUCAGCACGAUUUUGGAUUCCAAUAUCGAAAUUAAGCUAUUUUACAUAUCUGAUUCAUAUUCGUAUUGCAUUUCAAUUGAUUGUACAUGGUCCGUUGAGAUUAUUCAAGACAUAUUCGAUAACGUAUGCAACUCUUCUUACUUUACCGAUUGUUCUUCUACUUAGUCAAGUCAUUUCCACGAUUUGGUUUGUUUUCAUCGACAAACCAAUUGAACGUUUUAUCAACGAACAAUUUCUUCAACACCGAACAACAAAAUCGAUUUGA